AUGGAACAACGUAAUAUUGAACAGCGGUACGCGAUUAAAUUUUGCGUUAAACUCGGUGAUUCCGUUAUGAAAACGUACGGUAAAUUGGUGAAAGUGUUCGGUGAUGAAGCCCUAAGUCGUGCUCAGGUGUUUCGAUGGCAUAAAAAUUUUAAAAAUGGUCGUGAAAGCGUCGGGGAUGAACCGCGAAGUGGGAGACCGGUUGAAUCUCGAACUGACAACAAUGUUCAGCGUGUGUGCACUCUCGUGCGUCAAGAUCGGCGUUCAACCGUUCGAAUAUUGGCUGAUGAACUUAAUUUGAAACGAGAAACCGUUAGAAAAAUUUUAACUGAUGAUUUGUCCAUGAAAAAACUGUGUGCCAAGAUGGUACCGAAGAACCUUUCGGCGGAGCAAAAACACGUGCGAAUGUCCAUUUCACAGGAUUGUCUGGAACAGGUUGAAGCUGAUCCAACUCUUCUCGAUCGUGUUAUUACUGGUGAUGAAAGUUGGUAUUUUCAGUACGAUCCCGAAACAAAACGACAAAGUCAACAGUGGCUGUCUCCUGGUGCAGCCAGACCGAAGAAGGCGAGAAUGAGCAAAUCAAAAGUGAAAACGAUGAUGAUUUGUUUCUUUGACAGCAAAGAGAUCGUGCACAAAGAGUUCGUACCACCUGGGCAGACCGUCAACCAACAUUUUUACCUGAAAGUACUCGAUCGGCUGCGAAAACGAGUCAUUAGAGUCCGUCCAGAGAUUGCCAAAACGUGGAUCCUUCAUCAUGAUAAUGCUCCAUGCCAUCGUGCCUUCAGUGUGUCGCAAUUUUUGACCUCUAAGAACAUCGCAGUGUUGCCACAAGCGCCCUAUUCGCCGGAUAUGUCACCCUGCGACUUCUUUUUGUUCCCUUAA